GCUCAUCCCGUUUGAGCACCCCUGCCUUGCGUAAACCAAGAUAUCCAAGGUGUUAGUGCGUGUCUCGAGGUGAGAAGUACCAGACUCGGUACAUCUUCCGUCCGGAUUGCAUAUGCGGGUAUAACCUCAGUCGUGUCAUUCGGCUUUCCAUGUCGAUUCCCACAGAGCUCUUCAACAGCAUCUGAGAGCAAUUCAGACGAGCAUGGCGUCAGACAACCAAAACCAGACUGGCGCCGAGCAGGCGUACCACAUCGGAUACAAAGAAGACACGUUGAAGGCCUUUGAAUUGCGGAACGCGUCUACAUGUUUGGGAUACCUGCUGUCAACACUCGAGUCGCUCCCGCCAACUUUCUCCCUGCUUGAUGUCGGCUGCGGGCCGGGGAGCAUCACCUUUGACCUGGCUCGCCGUUUCCCACAGGCCAAAAUCAUCGGCGUAGACCUCGGCGUCGAGGCCAUCGAGCGAGCCAACGCCAACAUCGAUACACACGCCCCGGGGACAAAUAUUGAGUUCCGUGCGGGCAACAUCCUCGAGCCAGAAUCAUGUCUCAAACCGGACGAGAUCGGCAACUUCGACGUGGUGCACGAACACACAACCCUCAUCUGCAUCCCCAACAACAUUGAAGUUCUCCGCGUCAUGAAGACGCUGGCCAAGCAGGACGGUGGCAUUGUGGCGUGCCGCGAAGGGGAUACGCACUCGCAGCUGCUGUGGCCGCCGCUGCCCGAAAGCGCUGAGCUUCAGGAGCGGAUAUACCAGAUGAAUGGGCUCGACACGCAGACCGGGAGGAAGCUUCUGAGCAAAGCGUUGGCAGUCGGGUUCAGGCGAGACCAGAUCACGGCGUCGGCCAGCAUUCUUAGCAACAUCACGUACCAGGAGAGGCUGCUGUACGCUGGGUCGAUGCUGACGAUGCUGGGUGAUGAAACGUCCCAAUAUCGUCGGGCAGCCGCCAAGUUUGGGUACUCGGACGAGCAGGUCGAGGUGCUGAGAGAGAACAUGCGCAAGUUCAUUGCGGCUGAUGAUGCUUGGAGGCUGCUGGUGUGCACUGAGAUUAUCUGCAGACUUGGAGGCAAGGACUCGUAGACAAACAAGCUCAAGAUUAUCUCCUUCAAGUGUCUCAGGCAGAAGAUGACCUCAGGCCUCAUCCAUCAAUUUGUAGUCGAACCUCUUCCUCGCCAUCUGUGCCAGCUCCAGGCAUUCCUUACGCCCUGUCCGGGACGCGACAAUCACAUAGC